UUCAAGUGGGGUGGCUUACUUUUCUUUUGGUUAAUGUGUCUCUGUGAAGCUUCUUUCGUUUUCAGACUCAUCUGUGUUUGUAGUGAUGGACUCAUACAGGAUUUAUUUCUGACAUCAUGAUAGUGAAGGAUUGUUUGUGUUGAUCUGAUUCUGCCAUGAGCCGCAGUGAGUUCACGUCUGGAUCUCUGCAGCUGAAGGUUCCUCAUGACGGCCAGCAGAGAUCUCCAUCACGUGCCAGCCUCGCUAAAUUCUGUGGCUUCAUCCUCCUUGUGUUCUUCAUCAUGGCCUCUUACUUGCUGUCGGGCGAGAGGAAGACUCUGCUGGAGGACCUCAGUGAAAGCACCCUCAGAGACUUGGUGCGCAGCAUCGGAACUAAAGUGACGUUCAGAGCCAGACGAGUUCCUGCCGUCAGCGAGCUGCUCAACCUCGACCCGCACAUGUUUUCUGUGAUUCCGCCACACUUUUUACCGGAUGUUAAGAACCCCUGCUGGUACGAGGAGCUGCAUGGAAACGUGAGCGCAGAUCCAUACGGAUCCAACCUGUUCAGCCGCUUGUUCAGUCAGAUGCGAGUUGCUUUCAAGGGCCUGAGCGCCACGUUCAGACAGCGGUUAAUUCUGCGCAAUGGGAAACUUCAGCGCUUGCGAUGCCUUCCCUACUUCUACAUCAUCGGUCAGCCCAAGUGUGGCACGACGGACCUGUACGAGCGCUUGAGGCUCCAUCCCGACGUGUAUCUCACGGGGCCCAAGGAACCGCACUGGUGGAGCCGGAAGAGGUUCGGAAUCGUUAAUCUCGGUGAUCCUCCUCUUACCCGCUUCCCGCUGGACCAUUACCUGGACCUGUUCGAUCCGGUGGCCCAGCGGAUUCAGCACAGACUUCUGGGAAACUCCAUCAGCAGCGACAUCAUCACUGGUGAGGCCAGCGCUUCCACUAUGUGGGACAACUGCGCCUGGCACUAUCACCAUGACAUCAGCAGAGAGGCGGAGCCUCCGUCACUCGUCCAGGACUUCAUUCACGUGCUGCAGCCGGAUGCGCGACUCAUCGCCAUCCUCAGAGACCCUGUGGAGAGACUCUAUUCAGACUAUUUGUACUUCGGCACGUCUAAUAAAUCAGCGCUGGAUUUCCAUCAGAAGGUCUGCGAGUCUCUGCGUCUGUUCGAUGCCUGUCUGCGGGACGCCGGUCUGAGAGCGUGUGUGUACAGCAGCGCACUGUAUGUCGCCAUGAGUGUGCGGCUGCAGGUGGGCCUGUAUGUGGUGUUUAUUCUGGACUGGUUGUCAGUGUUCAGCCGUGAUCAGCUCUUAGUCUUGCGUCUGGAGGAUCACGCUGCAAACGUGACGCGCAGCAUGAGCAGAAUCUUCCACUUCCUGCAGUUAGGUCCGGUGUCUGAACAGACAGAGAGACUCAUCAGCAAACGUCCCGCGUCAAACACCAGGCAUCUGUCGGACAGGGAUCUGGGGCCGAUGGAGCCGUUGACACGAGAGCUGCUCCGGAUGUUUUACGCUCCUUUCAACCAGAAACUGUCUGCGGUGCUGCAGGAUGAAUCCUUCACGUGGUAGCGUCGCUCUGAACGCUGCCGUUCACACGCAGAUCACCUGUCAGAUGAGUUUGAUGCUGAUUGUUUAUUCACUGGAUCAUGAAGGGAUUUUUUGUAAAUGAUGAAGUAUUUUUAAACCACACAGUGGAAAAAAAACUCUCUUUUAAGUGUUUAAAUCGCUGACACCUGCUGGUCAGAUUGAUCCAGUUCAGUGUGCAGUUUUACAGUCGGCAUUAAAAGAAUUCACGCUCAUCUUUUCUUCUCUCGCAUAUCCGAGUGAAACGCUUCUCAAACAAGAGCAAAUGUAGGGCGGGGCUUGAUUUUGUCUGUGGGGAAUUGAUUGGAUGGUGUUGGUUUGCUGUUGGUGGGUCUCAUGUGAGUGACAGGUUGCCCCGCCCUUGUCAUCAGAGAAAAGGGAGGGAAAGUUAUUCUGAUUUAAGAUUACUAGGAACAUGAAUUUAAAACAAUGAUAAUGUGCACCGAUAAAUUAUUUUGAAUAAACAUUGCAAUAUUCCAUAAAAAAAACAAGAA